GCAAAAAAGAAAACGAACAACGAAAACUAUGGCUGCCUCUGACUAUUGAAGAGAGAUUGCAGCCGGAUAAAUUUAAAUUUUAGCCUCAAUUCUUGAAGGAAGAGGGACUUUGGACACACAGCAAGACUAGCGCAAAAUGGGCCGACUGUGAGAACGUCUCGGCCGGGAAAUUUAGCGCCUCGGAAGGGCACCAGACGGCCGGGGAAAAAAUCAUAUUUAUUUAAAAAAGAUGCUGGCAAUCGGUACUCGAGUGAUUCGUGGACCAGACUGGCGAUGGAAUGACCAAGACAAUGGUCUAGGCCACGUCGGGACAGUCGUGGAGGUUGGACGUGCUGGCCCAAAUGCUGGAAGCACUCUCGAAGGCACCGUCGUUGUGCUCUGGGACCACGGCUACCGUUCCAACUACAGAGCUGGGUACCAGAAUGCCUUUGAUCUAAGGGUAUAUGACACUGCUCCAGCAGGAGUGAAGCAUAUUGAUCUCUUAUGCAAUGAAUGCCGAAAGCCAAUUUUUGGAGUCCGGUGGCAGUGCCGACAGUGCCAUGACUAUGAUCUUUGCUCUCCUUGUUACAUGACAAAUAAACAUGAACUGGAUCACAUGUUUUUGAGAUACGAACUUGACAAUUCUCAAGGAAUUGAAGUAGCACCAAGAAUAAACAGCAGAUCUGUUGAACUGAAGGGAAUUUUUAUUGGAGCUAAAGUCUCCCGAGGCCAUGACUGGAAUUGGGGAAAUCAAGACUUCGGUCAAAUCGGAGAGGUUGUUGACAUCCAAAACUGGCACAAGGAAACUUGUAGGUCAGUGGCGAGCAUCAAGUGGCUGUCGGGCACAGUGAAUGUCUAUCGAGUUGGCCACAAGGGACAAGUUGAUCUCAAAACCGAAGUUGCUGGUUCGGGAGGAUUGUGCUAUAUUGAUCAUUUGCCAAUUUUAGGUUUCAAUGCUGAAAAUGACAAACCUCAAAGGAACUUUAAUUCUCCUAAGCAUCGACCUGUUUUAAAUGUCGGAGACAAAGUCAAAGUACUAGUGUCUGUUGAGGAGUUGCAAAGAAUGCAAAUAGGCCACGGAGGUUGGAACUCCAGGAUGACUGAAUUUAUUGGAAAGGUUGGUGUGGUGCACCGUGUGACAGACCGAGGAGACAUCAGGGUCCAGUACAACAAUAGCAGCAAUCAGCGUUGGACUUUCCACCCAGGAGUGUUGACCAAAGUCCGAGCCUUCCUCGUCGACGAACUUGUCAGAGUCAGUGAUAAUUUGGAGACUGUCAAGGCUAAUCAAGAAGGUCACGGCGACUGGGUUGAUGCGAUGAGAGGAAUAUUAGGGAAGCUCGGACAGGUGCAGGAGGUUUACUCUGACGGUGACAUCAGAGUGGCAGUCAAAGGCCAACCAGUUUGGACGCUAAACCCUCUGAGUGUAGAGCCUAUUUCAGUCACACCUGAGAAGAGGAAUAAAUUGAGUGAAGAUAUCAAAAACCUAACAGCAAUGUUUGGAGAGUUGGAACUUGCUAGUGCUACUGGAAGGAGAGAAUUGAUAAAAAGCUUUGUCGUAACACAUCCUAAUAAUGUCGAUAUGAAAAGUUCAGGCAAAACUUUACUUCAAAUAGCAGCUCAUGAAGGGAAACUUGAAAUUGCAUCCAUUUUGCUGGAUGCUAAUGCUUCCUUAGAUGAGGUUGAUGAUGAAGGAGACUCUGCUCUUCACUAUGCAGCUUUUGGUCAAAAGGCGGAAAUGUUAAAAUAUCUUGUAUCAAGAGGAGCUUCAGUGGAUUUCCCAAGCAAAAAGCAGCAAACCACUGCCCUGCACGUUUCUGUAAUCAAAAACAACAUUGAGUGCGUCAAAAUCCUCUUGUCAUUUAACGCCAACGUCAAUGCCCAAGACUGCUUUGGAGACACACCUGUGCAUGAUGCUGUCGGCAAGGGGUAUGAUGACAUCCUGGACCUUCUACUUCAAUCGCCGAACCUCGAUUUGAUGCUGCGUAAUAAAAGAGGAUUUAAUGCCUUGCAGCACGCUGCCUUAAAGGGGAAUGAAUACGCUGUGAAAAGAUUGAUCGAAGUUGGGCCGCUAAUGGUCAAUGUCAAGAAAGACGACGGUUUUACUCCGCUGCACUUGGCUGCUCUUAAUGGUCACUUUGCUGUGGUGGUUGCACUUUUGACGGAGGGUAAUGCAGAUGUCAAUGUUUGCAAUAAUCGAAAGCAGACUCCACUGCAUUUGACAAUAAACCAGGGUGAGGCAGGAGAAGUUGAGCAGCUGCUUGAAAUGGGAGCUAAUCCAAAUCUCCAGGAUGACAAUGGUGAUACCCCGCUGCAUAUUGCACUGAUAAAAUCAUGCAGCAAACCUGAUCACCAAGUUAAUGAAAGCAACUGCAAAUUCCUUGAAGAAUUUAAAAACACAAACGUGGAUGAAUUUGGAGACCAAUAUGGCUGUGCCGGCUUAGCUGUCGUCAGCUAUCUAAUCUUCAUGGACACCGAUCUUAACAUUUCUAAUAAUCGAAAAGAGACUGCUAUGAAUCUUGCAAACCAACUAGCCAAACUCUUCCCCAAAAUAUUGUACUUGAUAAAAUUGCACUCGGCAAAGACAACUAAACCUUAUAAAUCCUCUGAAGACACUGUUUCUGAAGGCUCUGAAAAAAGCCAAGAAAUCAUCACACCCUCCACUUCGAAACCAGUACCACCUAUGAAUCUUCUAGAAUGCUCAGUUUGCUCAGAGCAAGAUCAGAAUGUCAGAUUUGAGCCUUGUGGAGAUGUAGUCGUUUGCGAGGAUUGUGCUGGCAGAAUGAAAAAAUGCCUAUUCUGCCACAUUCCGAUAUCCUGCCUAGUCACAAAAGCUGGAAUUGUAACAAAUAAAAAUGAAGUUCAAUCCAGCACAGACAAACUUCGAGUGCUGGAGAGCAAAAUCGCCGAGAUUGAGGAGGCAAACUGCUGUUCCAUUUGUAUGGAACGUCCACGGAAUGUUGUCUUCCUUUGUGGACACAGUGCCUGCGACACGUGCGCUCAGCCUCUCAAAGUGUGUCACAUGUGCCGAAAAACUAUCACCAACAAAAUCAAUAUUUUUUAGAAUAUCUCGAUAAAAGUGAUUUUACUUGUCUUGUUCAAAUUAAAAGUAAAGAUGUUUUAUCAUGCCAUAACGAUGGCUCAAAAUUGCUGUAUUUGCACCCCAUAGUCAUUUGCAUUGUUUGUCAUGUAUUAUACUAAAUUGAAGUGUUUAAUUUCAUGUCUUUAUGCACCCUUGCCUUACUUGCAUAUACUUAGUUAUUUUAGUGUGAUGAACGUGUUUAUGUGUUCCUCAAACAUUGCUUAGUUUGAAUUGCUACGAGAUUACUGCAACCAAGUUACUUAAUUGUGCGCAAACAAUAAACUGCCCAAGGGCACUAAUAAAAUGGU